AAGAAUUGAACAAAGGCUGGUUUCUUAACUGUUCGGCUAUAAAUAGUCAUAUCGCUUUGUUCCCCCUCAAAUUUAGCAUAAAUUAUAGUGGAAUUCCCUUCUUCUCGAUUAAUCGGUUAGGACUAAGGUUGUCGUUUGGGAGUUCUCUCUCUUCGUUGAUUCUGCUAUUUAAGGUUUCAGGGUUUCCUCCUCCCGUUUAGGGUUUACGGGAAAAUGGAAGGGGUUACCAACGCUGUGAAUGGCCUUAGCAUAAACAAUCCGCGUAAGAAGUAUCGCAUUCAGGUUUCGAAUACGAAGAAGCCACUCUUCUUCUACGUUAAUCUCGCCAAGAGGCACAUGCAAGUGCACAAUGAAAUCGAGCUUUCUGCUCUUGGAAUGGCCAUUGCAACUACUGUUUCCGUUGCGGAGAUUCUGAAGAACAGUGGAUUUGCUACUGUGAAGCAGAUCUUGACAUCUACUGUGGAUAUCAAAGAUGACUACAGGGUCCGACCAUUGCAGAAAGCAAAGAUUUCAAUAUUACUGGGCAAGACUGAAGAGUUCGAUGAGUUGAUGGCCGCUGCUGCUGCAGAAGCGAGCGGUGGUGCUCAAGGGGAUGAACAGAACUAAAUGAUUAUAUAACUACUGUUCAUUUUUCAUCUUUUUAUUUGUAUGCACACAUUUACGGUGUUAUUUUAUUGUGAGAUCUGAACAGUAAUGAUGCUCCGAUUUGCGCACCUAUAAUUCAAAUGCUUAUUAAUUUGGCUUGGAGCCGUAUAUGAUA